AUGGCGCCAACAAAAUACACCAACCGCACCAUCCCCAAAAUCUCCCUUCUCGACUUCGGCACCCGAAUCUCAGAGAUUACCGCCCAGUUAAUCCAAGCCGCGGAAACCGACGGAUUCUUCGGCCUCGUCGACCACGGAAUCUCAUCCAAAGAAAUAGAGCACAUGUUCGAGAACUCCUCCCGCUUCUUCUCCCUCCCAGACUCCACCAAAUCCACGGUCCCCUUCUCACACCUCAACGCCGGCUGGGAGAAAAACGCGCAGGUCCGACCGUCUACGGGAAUGCCGGAUCGCAAGGAGAGCUACCAGAUGCAAUUCGGCUCUAACAUGGCCGGUUGCUGGCUUCCGGAAUCCACGCUCCCCGGGUUCAAGGACGCUGCGCUGGAGUUCAUGAAGAAAGCGCAGAGCGUGAGCGAGAAACUGAUGCUCUGCUUCGCGCGCGGGCUGGGGUUCGAAGACGAGUAUUUCAUCAAGGCGCAUGAUGUGAGCAGAGCCGAAAGCCAGACGGUGCUCCGCCUGCUGCACUACUUCGAAGUCGACAGCACGGUCCCGGUUCCAGAGGGAUAUUAUCGUGCUGGGGCGCACGUAGACUGGGAUUUCGUCACGCUGCUGUUCCAGCGACCCGGCCAAAGCGGACUCGAAAUCUGUCCUGGGCGCGAGGCCUCGACGAGUUUCGGGAUCGGCGACAGUUGGACGAGGGUCGAGCCAAAGGAAGGAGAGAUCGUGUGUAACAUCGGGGAUCUGCUGAUGAGUUGGAGCGACGACCGCUUUAAGAGUACGUUCCAUAGGGUCAAGACGCCGUCGGUGGUUGGCGAGGAUUAUUUUGGGCCGAGGUAUAGCAUGGCGUAUUUCAACCAGCCGUGUACAGAUGCUGUUAUCCAGGGGCCGCUGAAGAAAUAUGAGGCUGUGACCGGGAGGGAGUUUACGCAGAAGGCGAUGAAUAGGAAUUUUGCGGCGUUGAAAGCGAAGAAGGAGGCGUUGGAGGGGGUCAUGGAUGGUGCUGCUGUUGCUGUUUCUUCUUCUUGA